CUGUGGUCGGAGCACUCGGAGCUCGGAGCUCGGAGCCAAUCGGAGCUAUUUCGCUUUCACAUCGUGAUCAUCGUGUGAUUCACGAUUGACGCUACUUCGCUCUUCGCUGUGACUGGCUGUGAUUGUCGAAUCUUUGCUGAUCUGCCAAAAUGCUCCGACUCGAUCUCUGCCGAAGACUACCGACAAGCGUAGCUUAUCUUGAUAUCAUAUCAUGUGUAAUGUAGCGAGUUAUUAAUAUUCACGUUAAUAUUCCGCUUGUUUCUCUAUGCUCACUCGUCAUGUCGGCGGCCAAGAGCGAAGAUAGCAAUAACGACAAUCUGAACAGACAGGGCUCCUUCAGGAAGCUUGUGCCGGGAAGUAGCAUUGGAGAUUCUCCGUUAAGCAUGUCCGUGAAAAUGAUAGACAGACCGAUUGUGUCGCAAACCAACAAGCACUACGCUAUUUUCUUGCAGGAAUACAAUAUUCUUUCCGAGUAUAAAAUGUUGUGCUCCCAAGAUUUGAAGGGAAUUUAUGUGGUACCGUCCGCUCUGAACGCUUUUUUAUGGUUUGGCGUACAGUUCAUUCGGCAAGGAAUCUACAGAGGCGGAGUUUUCAGAUUCACCAUUACACUGCCUUCGAACUUCCCACUUGGAGAUUGCCCUAAAGUUGUGUUUGAAACUCAAAUCUUCCAUCCAUUAAUAAAUCCAGAAAAUGGAGAAUUGUGCACAUCGUGGGGAUUUCCCGAGUGGAGGAGAAAUAACAGAAUUGGGCAAUUGUUGCAAUAUAUCACUAAGAUAUUUACUAAACUAGAUACGAAAAUGACUUCGGUAAAUGAGGAGGCAUCUAGCUUGCAGGAAAAUAAUUCUGUGGCUUUCCGGGAACGUGUGAAAGCGUGCGUAAAGGAAAGUGUGAAUCAAGUGUUUAAUCCACCUACCAUGGAUGAUCCGCAUUACAUUACAUUUAAUCCAUAUGUGAAUGAACUACACGAUCCCAUUAGACGAGAGAUUUACGAGUCAAAAGGCGAAGAAGAGAAUAAGCCGUUAGGUUUGUCGUGGGUACAACCUGGUUCGCUUCAGCCAUUUUCGAAACCAGAAGCGAGAUAGUAAAAAAGUUCUAAACGCUGGCAAUAAUGAAA